AUGGGGUUUGACGUUUCCCCCACAACUUCUAAUUCAACCGUGUCACCUACAACAGUGACUACUGUUUUGGCUGAGAAACAGUAUGACCUCAAUGUUUGCCUGUUCCACCCAGUCAAGUUGGAAUUAUUUCAAGCCGACUCUAACAAAGAAUGGUAUGUGAAAUGCCCCUUCUCACGAGAAUGUGGAGUCUUUUCAUCUAGAAAUUUGCAAAACGCCUACAUGGGAAUGCUUAACAGAAAGGUGCACAAUACCUACAGGAAUCUUAAGGGAACUGUUAUGUGUGAAUGCAACAAUCAGGCUUCCCUGAGAGUAAGUGAGUCAAGUCUAAACCCAGGAAGACCCUUUUUGGUUGCCGAAACAGAGGUGGAUGUCGAUUCUUUCAAUGGGCAGAUGUAG